AUGCAGGGCCGAGCUCGCUCGCCUCGACGGCUUGAUCCACUUGAAGCCGCUGCAGAGCGAUGCAAGCCAUUUGCUGGCGGCCGAACGGGCCUCAUGCCGUCCGACUUCGUUGAGCUGCGAGAGUCCGACCAUGGCGGCCCUCCGACCUCGCAGACGAGCGGCACAGGGUCCAGCGAGGAGCACGGUUGGGUUAAAGCUCCUGGAACGGCGGUGGGGUCUCGAAGGAAUGCGAGUGCGGUCUAA